ACGAAAGUGAAUAUGAGCGAUCGAGAGAAAAAACAGAUUGCGUAUUAGACCGUUUCCAUCGGUUUUUAUGAAGGGCCUCACCUACACAACAAUAUUCUGAUCUGAUUGGCUGACGACCAGAGAGAGAGAGAAAACAAGAGGGAACGGAUAGACACUUGACUUGUUGAAUGUUCCGCGGUGCAUUUCUACACAGACUUUCAAGAAUCCCCCAACAUCUUGCAGGGCUAGGAUGGCCUGACCCAAGUAUCCAGAUAGUAGCAGACCCAUAAACUGGACCCCACAAUGACUGCUGCGCUAAACGAAGAGCUGAGGAAGACUCUGGACAACCUCUCAGGGGGCGAUUUUAAGAGGUUUAAGCACCUACUUCGGGAUGACGGCCGAAUGCCAUGGGGAAAGCUGGAGAAGGCCGACUCAGAUGAUGCUGUGGACUUGAUGGUGCAGGUGUACAGCAUGGGGGCUGGGGCCAUUAUGGUGACCAUCUUGCAGAAGAUGAACCAAAACAAGCUGGCCAAGGACUUGGAGAGGGAUCUGGCAAAAUGUGGAGGCCAGCAGUGUUCCACAAAUCUGGCUGGAGGGGGUGGAGGACCACAGCAAGCUGGAGACCAGCAGAGUUCUGCAGGGGGUGGAGGGAUCAACAUGAACAUGUCUGGAGCACCUGCACCACAGCAAGAUUGUGGUGCAGCAAAGUCAAUACUGAAACAGAAGCUCAAAAGGCACUUAAGAACCAAGUUUUCUGCUGUACAUCAAGAUCAUGAAGUUAAAAAAAUUGAUGAUAUCUAUACUGACCUUUACAUUGUUGAGGGCUGCACAGGUGGAGUCAAUAGUACACAUGAAGUGUCGUCAAUUAACAUGAAUCAACUUGGGAGAGGAUCAAGCUUUGACAAGCACAUUCAGUGGGAUAACAUGUUUACUGACAGGCAGAUCACAAAACUUUUGACUUUGGGAAUUGCUGGUGUGGGGAAAACCGUUGCAGUGCAGAAGUUUGUCAUGGAUUGGACUGAAGGAAAAACAAAUAAAGACAUUGACUUUGUUUUUGUUCUUUUGUUUCGAGAGCUGAACUUAUUGAAAAAAACCUGCACAUUUCUUGAACUCCUUCUUGAAUUCUACACUGAACUCAAAGAUUUGAGAGAUUUCCCUCAAUUCACUGAAUGCAACAUUAUUUUUGUCCUUGAUGGUCUGGACGAAAGCAGGCUCACCCUAGAAUUUGAAAAGUGCAUUAGUGAACUCAAUGAGAAGACCUCUGUGGACAUCCUCAUGACAAGUCUGAUUAAAGGCAAGCUACUGAACUCUGCACACAUCUGGGUUACAACCAGACCAGCAGCGGCCAGUCUGAUCCCAGAUGAGUGCUUCAACUUGGUGACAGAGGUGCGAGGAUUCAAUGAUGACCAGAAAGAUCAAUUCUUUCAGAGGAACAUAAACAAUCCUGAGAAAGCUGAUAAACUCAUUACUCAUGUCAAGAAGAAUAGAAGCCUCCACAUCAUGUGUCACAUACCAGUAUUCUGCCGGAUUAUAGCCAGUGUGGUAGAUGCAAUACUGGCAGAUCAGAGCAAAGAGGAACAAGCCACAACUUUGACAGAAACAUACACACAGUAUUGUGUGUCUCAGAUGAAAAGAAUGAAUGCAAAACACUUGGACAAGAAGAAGAAGAUGAAUGAAAAGAAAAAAGGGAUGCUCCUUGUUAAGCUUGGGGAACUGGCAUUCAACAAUCUGGAGAAAGGCAAUCUUAUAUUCUAUGAGAAAGACUUUCAAGAUUGUGGUAUUGAUGUUAAGUCUGGAGCAUUGCAGGCUGGAGUUUGUACAGAGAUCUUCAAAGAGGAGUAUGCUGUAGCUGAAGAGAAAAUAUUCAGCUUUGUGCAUCUAAGUGUACAGGAGUUCUUGGCAGCUCUUUAUGUUCUUCACAAAAAUGCAACUUGUUAUUUGAGAUAUCGCAUCCCUGAGGCAUGGAGGAAGACACACGAUUGGCGACUUUCACCCUCAAGGUUUGACCUUUACCAGUUUGCUGUGGACAAGGCCCUGCAGAGCCAGAAUGGACAUUUGGAUCUUUUUGUGCGCUUCCUCCUUGGUCUUGCACCAAUGUUGGAGCCUCAGAUCGGGUUCCCCCUGAAUAAGCUGCUGCCACAGUUAGCAAUCAGAGAAUCAAGCAUCAAGAACACAGUUCAAUACAUCAAAGAAGUGAUCAAGAGAGACUACCCACCAGAACGGACCAUCAACCUCUUCCACUGUUUGAAUGAGCUUGGGGAUAACUCCCUGGUUGAGGAGAUCAAUGGGUACAUAAACUCAGCAGACAAGAAUAAGAACCUGACUCCAGCCCAGUGUUCAGCUGUGGCUUAUCUGAUGCUCAUGUCGGCUACAGACAUGGAGGAGUUUGAUCUGAAGAAAUAUCUGAGAUCAGAGGAAGGGCUCCACAGAAUGCUUCCAGUAGUGAAUGUCUCAAGGAGAGUUUGGCUGAAUCAGUGUCAACUCACUAAAGCAAGUGGUGAACUGUUAGCAUCAGUGCUACAAAGGACACCUUCCCAUCUGAGAGAGCUGGACAUGAGUAACAAUGACCUGCAGGAUGAAGGAGUGGAGCUGCUCUGUGUGGGACUAAGAGAUCCACAGUGCAAGUUGGAGAUACUGAGACUUGUUGGCUGUGUACUGACUAAGAAGUCUGGAGGUGUUUUGGCCUUUGCCCUGCAGUCAGUAAACUCCCACUUGAGAGAGCUGGACUUGAGUAAGAAUACUCUGGGGGAUUGUGAAGGAAAGCUGGGCUCUGGAACGCUGAAUCCACACUAGACCUGAGUAAGAAUAUUCUGGGGGAUUGUGGAGGAAAGCUGGGCUCUGAAGCACUGAAUCUCCAUUGUACGAUGGAGACACUCAGACUUGCUGGUUGUAAACUGUCAGACGAAUCCUGUGAGGUUUUAGCCUCUGCUGUGCAGCACGUGGUCUCCCUGACAGAACUGGACCUGAGUGACAAUCACAUGAACAUCACUGCAGUUCAGCUUCUGAGUGCUGGGAUAAGUCACUCCAACUGUAAACUGCAGAUAUUAAGGUUGGGUUUUGACUUUCUUUUGGUUUUAAUAUUGUCCCUGAAGUGUGUCAUUCAGAUAUGGGCUGUUUAUUUGCUACA